GAGUUAUGAUCUGGGAAGACUUCCUCUGGCUUUUUCAGAGAGAAAAGGGAAGCCCUUGGCUUUGGUUUGAAGCAAACUUUUUGCUUUUGCCCCACACCUCGUAGGUCCUUCAGGCUGGGGAUCAGUGAUGAGAGUCUGUAUGAGCUGUGGAAUGUGGCAUCGCCAGGAAGCCAUGGUGAGGAUGCUCCGGAGGCUUGAAGCUUGAGUGACUGACUGCUGAUGCCACCUCCUCACCAGUGGGGCCCAGCCCCCUAGUUUUCUUUACAGAACAGUCGGCCAUAGAGCUGGCUCUGCCCUGGAGCGGUACCCUGGUUCAUGCACACAUGCAGGACUAGGACCCUCACAGUCACCUCGUCCUAGGUCAGUGGCCUCAGGAUCUCAUCUCUGUUCUCAACUCGGUUGUGGGAGAAGAUCUGCUGGCCCUAGAGGUCCCCAGGUACAGGGCCUGUGUAUGCGAGGAUUGUGUGACCCCGUGUGAACAAAGCUGCUCUCAGGGACCCAUGUGUAUCAUCUUCUUUAAGUUCGAUCCUCGCCCUGUUUCCAAAAAUGCAUACAGGCUCAUCCUGGCAGCCAACAGGGAUGAAUUUUACCACAGACCAUCUAAGUUGGCAGACUUCUGGGGGAACAACAAUGAGGUCCUCAGUGGGCUUGACAUGGAGGAAGGCAAGGAAGGAGGCACGUGGCUGGGCAUUAGCACACGGGGGAAGCUGGCCGCGCUCACCAACUACCUGCAACCACGGCAGGACCGGGAUGCCCGGGGCCGAGGUGAACUUGUGACCCACUUUCUGACUACAGACAUGGACAGCUUGUCCUACUUGAAGAAGGUCUCUGCAGAGGGCCACCUGUACAACGGCUUUAACCUCAUAGCAGCUGACCUGAGCACAGAGAAGGGAGAUGUCGUUUGCUACUACGGAAACCGGGGGGAGCCUGAGCCUGUCGUCCUGACACCAGGUUGUUUUCACCUUUUGGCCGUUGUGGAUGCUGCCGUGAAAACUUGUUACAAGUUUUUGUGGGGACCCGUGUUUUCGUCUUUCUUGUUUUUAUACCCAGGAAUGGAACUGCUGGGUGGGACCUAUGGACUAAGCAAUGCACUGCUGGAGACACCGUGGAGGAAGCUGUGCUUUGGAAAGCAGCUCUUCCUGGAGGCUGUGGAGCGGAGCCAGGAGCUCCCCAAGGACGCCCUCAUUGACCAGCUCCUGCACGUGCUUAACAAUGACGAGGCGCAGCUGCCAGACCCAGCUAUUGAGGACCAGGGCAGGGAGUACGUGCAGCCCUUUCUGAGCAAGUACGCAGCUGUGUGUGUGCGCUGCCCAGGCUACGGCACCAGAACCAACACGGUCAUCCUCGUGGACGCGGACGGGCACGUGACCUUCACAGAGCGUAGCAUGCUGGACAAGGACCCCUCCUGCUGGGAGACCAGCACCCACGAGUUCAAGCUGCAGAGCUAACCCUUCCCCCUGGCCGUGGCCACUGGGCUCCAGGAAGGCCCUGCCUUGAGGGCUAGUAUGGAUAGGAACCUUCCACAGCCACAUGUACCGCCUGUGACUUGGCCAGCAUUCCCAAGGACCAGGGCCCUCUGGUGUUUGUGUGACCUGUCUGUGUCCUCACGUCCAGCUCAGUGUCCACCGUCAUGCCAAUGGGAGUGACAGAGUCCCAUGGGCCCAGGUGUGCUAUGCAUGUGGGAAGGCACCUGGGCCUACUCCUUGCCCAAGCACAGAGGCACACACUCAAGGUACACGCUUCUGUGCAUACCUGUAGGUGCAUGGGCACACAUACACAUGCAUACACACAUAUGAGCAACAGAGAGGUACACACACACUCCAGGCAUACACACACGUGCGUGCCAGACAGGCAGAGGUGUGCCUGUCACAUCCACAUGUACUUCUGGCGAGGGGGCCUUUGCUUUGACCAAAACAAUAGGAGAAGACUGUUGUUUAAGAGCGGCUCCUUCUCUCCUGGGCGUAGUCCGCUUCUGGACAAUCAGACUUGUUCUUAGAGAGAAGAGGCCCCAUGUGGAAAGAGAAAUGAGAACAACUCCAGAAAAACCGCUUUCAUAACAGAAACACAGCCUGGUUGGUUGUCCGUUGUGCCCUGGGGGAUCUCCUGUGUGCAUGCGGUGGUCCUGUGGGGGAGGGGGCCAGUACUGCAUGCACCAGGGGUCCUGUGUCUGCUGGGGCACCUUGCCAGGCUCUCAGGCACCUACUUGCCUGCCCAUUGGGGGUCAUGGGUCCUGAGCAGGCCCAUCUCAGCAAUGGGACACAGCCAACCCUUGCUAUUUCCCUUCUCCUUGGGGAGUCAGACGUCAUAGGAAUCUGUCCUUGAACGUGAGACCUUGAUAAUAAAACUGUGAGGUGUGGUGAA